UAUUUCUAGUUGUGUCAAGUGUCAUAACAAAAAAAUGUGGAUGGUAUUCAAAAUCCACAUUUAUCUGAAGGCUUAAAUAAUUGAUAAUAAAAAAUUGAUUUCACUUAUAUUUGUAAAUUGUAUAUAAUUAUUAAAGUUUGCAUAACAGUGAGACUAUAUAAUGGCAAAAUUUAAACUAAAGAAACCUUCUAAGCGUCAGCCAGCGCGUCUUCGUUACAAAAUAGAGAAAAAAGUUAAAGAACACAACAGAAAAGUUAAAAAAGAGGCAAAAAAGAAUCCAAAAUCUAAGAAAGCCAAGCCGAUUCAGAUUCCUAAUGAAUGUCCAUUCAAGGAAGAUAUUUUAAAGGAAGUGGAAGCUGUUAAGAAGCACAAGGAAGAAGAAAGGCAGAAGAGAAGGGAACUAGCUAAACUUGAAAAACAGAAAAGACAAGAAGAAAAGAAAGGAACAAACAUGGAUAUGGAUACACUAGUAGCAAAUGCGGAAGCCAGAGGGAAAGUUCACGAAGCAUUCAAGGGGAAUGACAAUGAAACUGAUGAUGGAAUCGGUAAGGACAGACAGCAAGAAAACUCAUUGAAGACUUACUAUAGAGAAUUUAAGAAGGUUAUAACAGAGGCUGAGGUGAUUUUAGAAGUGGUGGAUGCGAGAGACCCCUUGGGUACCCGUUGUACUCAGGUGGAAGAAGCAGUACGGGAGUCUGGGAAACGCCUUGUUUUAGUAUUAAAUAAAGCAGACUUAGUGCCUCGUGAUAAUCUAACAGCUUGGUUAAAGUAUCUUCGAAGAACAGCCCCUGCAGUGCCAUUCAAGGCGUCCACUCAAGACCAGCAACACAACCUUGGUAGAAAGAAGAUGAAGCACAUUGUGAAAGAGAAAGAGAUGAAAGGAUCUGCCUGUGUUGGCGCAGAGUUACUAAUGAGUCUUCUUGGCAACUACUGUAGAAACAAAGGUAUCAAGACAUCCAUAACUGUGGGUGUUGUUGGUCUGCCUAAUGUUGGCAAGAGUUCGAUCAUCAACAGCUUGAACAGAUCUCGCGCCUGCAAUGUUGGUAGCACACCUGGAGUUACCAAACAAAUGCAAACCGUACAGCUGGACUCGAAGAUCAAGAUCCUGGACAGUCCGGGAAUAGUGUUCCAUUCAGGAUCCGAGAGUGAUGCAACAGUGGCUUUAAAGAAUGCCAUUCGGGUGGGAGCUUUGAAAGAUCCCGUGACACCUGCGAACGCGAUCCUGCAGCGCGCCAAUAAGCACACGCUUGUGGCUCUGUAUUGUAUUCCCGAGUUUAGCACACCGCAAGAAUUCUACGCAAGUCUCGCGUCAAGAAUGGGGCGUUACAAAAAGGGAGGUGUGCCCGACCAAGAGGCCGCUGCAAGAAUAUUGCUUAAUGAUUGGAACACUGGGAAGGUCCGCUAUUUCACUGAGCCUCCAGAGACACCAGCGUCUGAAGUGCAUGUAGACGCUAAAAUCGUGACGUCAUUGGCACAAGAUUUCGACAUUAAUUCCUUUGAAGCGAUGGAAACUGAAGCCAUUAAUGCACUGAAUAGUCAACCUAGUGACGAUGCUAUUAAAAUAUCUAGCACGGGUCCAGUAUCAGCUAUGGAUGAAAUGCAAAUUGAUGAAGAAGCUGGAUUACUAUCAAAAACGGUCAAUAUUCGACCAAAACUAGACAAGACAGGGAGGAAUGCGGAGAAGGCGAAAAACGACCCUGAAAUGCUCAUAGAAGGCAACACUAAACAAAAUAAACUAAGGAAAAUCCAAUUUAAGAAGGAUAAGAAGAAAAAGGCGAAAAAUGAGAAGAAAGCGGUGCAAUUGGCUGAUGUUUUAGAAACUGUCACUUUGACGUCUUUUAAGAAAGAUGACUACAGUUUUAAGGAAGAUUUCUCAUUGUAGUGAGGCAUGUUGUAUGCUAAGUUGAAAUAUAUUGUAUAUUUCUGUAUGAA